AUGCGCUUCCCCAACUUCUCCGGAUCAAGGUUAUGGACACUGCCGGCAAGGGGCAUCAAGCUGUGGCAGUUCUACUUUUUAAAACGUGCUGAAUCCACAAAAGUUUUGAGCUCCUCGCGCAGGCGCGUCUCGGUCGACGACUGGUGCUUUCGUCCAGACUUCCUCCGCGCGUUUGAGGACGAGCCGGCUGAGAACAUUUCCGUUAUCGCCACUCAUUUCGUGGAAGUUCUCUCGUUCGUCGUUUUCCGUGCCACCGAGGCUAUCCAAGGUGGCUUAAACGUCAACCUGUACGACGCGCACUUCAAGAUCGUCAUCUUCAAGCGGUCACAACACUGCCUGGCGGUUGUCCAGGACGAGCAGGGACGCUACCUCAAGCUUCGUGCCCUUCUGGACGACGAAGACCUGCCCCCGCUAUGA